AUAUGUUGAGGAACAUAAAGACCAUAAUUAAUAGGUCGACUGCAAAACAAGGUAAAUUAGCAAAGCAGCCUUGAAAAAAGGCUUAAUUAUAUCUAAUUAAUUAAAUUAAAGGUCAACAAUUUUACCUAUUAGUAAAUAAGUAUAUAAAAACAUAUACUCUAAACACCAUUCCUCAACAAGGUACUCUGCAUUUUCUUGCAUUGCUCGUCUUCAACUUAGAAACAAUGCAGCUUUGUUUACAAAACCUGCUGCUUCUGCUUUGCUUUUCUUGUUUUAUUUGUACUUUCUCUGCAUUGAACUCUGAUGGGGUGACUCUGUUGUCACUUCUGAGCCAUUGGAAAACUGUUCCUUCUUCCAUUAGUUCAAGUUGGAAAGCUUCAGAUUCCACUCCAUGUUCAUGGGUAGGAGUGGGAUGUGAUAGUUCUAACAAUGUGUUAUUCUUGAACCUCUCUGGCUCUGGAAUCUCUGGUGAGAUAGGACACGAAAUCAGCAGCUUGAUCCAUUUGAAGACUAUUGAUUUGAGCUUGAACAGUUUCUCUGGCAACAUACCUUCAGAGAUAAGUAACUGUAGUGUUCUUGAGAAUUUAGAGCUUUCUGGUAACAAGCUCACCGGAGAGAUACCAAGCAGCCUAAAAAACUUGAAAAAGUUGCAGUUGUUUAGCUUGUUUGACAAUUUGCUGUCAGGUGAAGUAUCUGAAUCAUUUUUCCAACUUCCGAACUUGCAGUAUGUUUUUCUGAACAAUAACAACUUGAGUGGCUCAAUCCCUGAUAGUGUUGGGAAUAUGAGCAAGGUUUUACUUCUAUAUUUAAGAGCAAAUCAGUUAUCAGGUGAGAUUCCUUCUUCCAUUGGAAACUGUUUGAAAUUGCAGGAACUUUCCUUGGAGGAGAAUCAUUUGACAGGAGCUUUACCUGAGAGCUUGGGCAAUCUCCAAGAUCUUAUCUAUUUGAAUGUCAGAACCAAUCGUUUUGUGGGUAAUAUUCCUUCAGAGUUGGGUAAUCUCAACAAUUUAGAUUUCUUGGAUCUUUCAUUCAACAAUUUGAGUGGUGAAAUUCCACCAAGCUUAGGCAAUUGUAGCAGUUUAAGCCAGUUUGCUGCUUUGCAGAAUAAGUUAGUUGGCAAUAUUCCUUCUUCCUUUGGCCAACUAAGUAAGCUUGAAGUGUUCAACUUUCCACAGAACCAGUUGUCCGGGAAAAUACCACCUGAACUUGGUAAUUGUAAAUCUUUGAAAAUGCUUCAAUUGUUCUCAAACCAGCUGGAGGGGGAAAUUCCUAGUGAAUUAGGGAAACUGACUAAUUUGCAGGACCUUCAACUGCAAGAAAACCGUUUAACUGGUGAAAUACCAGUUAGCAUAUGGAAAAUUCCAAGUCUUCAGGAAAUUCUUGUUUAUAAUAACAGUCUUUCAGGGCAAAUUCCUUUGGAGGUUACCGAACUGAAGCAACUCCAGAACAUUUCAUUGUUUAACAACUUUUUCUCUGGUGUAAUACCUCAAGGCCUGGGGAUUAACAGCAGCUUAAUUCAGCUAGACUUUACCAAUAAUAGUUUCAGCGGCAAAAUCCCACCAAAUCUUUGCUUUGGAAAGAAAUUAAAGGUUCUCAUUUUUGGUAUUAAUAAACUUGAAGGUAGCAUACCUUCAGAAGUGGGAAGCUGUACUACUCUCAGGAGGCUAAUCCUCAAAGAAAACAAGCUCACAGGGUCUCUUCCAGAGUUUGCUGAAAAUCCAAAUCUUUUAUUUAUGAACAUCGCCGACAACAGCAUCAGAGGAGAAAUCCCUUCAGGCUUGGCAAACUUGACCAGCAUCCCUUCCAUUAAUUUGUCCUCAAACAAGUUUACAGGAAAUUUGUCAGUUCUUGGUAACAUUUGUUCAUUGAAGGAGGUCAAUGUUUCAAACAAUGACUUCUCUGGUUCAAUUCCAGAGACAUUAUUAAACUUGGUGAAAUCUUCUCCACCAUCAUUUGCAGGCAAUCCCAAGUUGUGUCUCACUUGUCCUCCAUCAAAAAGCUCAACUUGCACUGUUUAAGAAUCUAUGCUUCUCUCAUCAAGUCAAGCUUUUUAUUUAUUAUCUCAUUUUCAACCAGGAUUUCAAAAUAAAGUCAUAUAAAGAGUAGUCUUUGGUGUCAUUUUUACAAUUCUUUUAAGUUCUAAUCCCUCUUUUUCAUUUUCCAACCCUCAUUCUCAUUAUUUUUUGAACAAUGGUCAAAAAUUGUUCAUACUUCUACCGAUCAUUCUCAUUGUUGUUUACAAUUAUGUGUGACCUAUGUUUAUUGCAUUUUUUAAUAAUGCUUUUUGCCAUUAGAAGUGUCUGAGCAUCCAAAGCGUUCACAACUGAAAAUGUAUUUCAAAUACAACUAGAAUCUAGAUUAAAAUGAUCUAAUGAAAAUUGGUUGAAAGAAUUAUACAAACUUUGAUUUAGGAUCAAAUAAUGCGGUAAACAUAUGCAAACUCAAUUACUCACGUAAAAAGAAUUCCUAACGUCAAUACUGCAAUCCCACCAAAUCCAUGGUGCUUUCUUUUUCUUUCAUUUAAUUUACAAGGAAGAGACUACCAUGCCUUAUGGAAACCCUUGGUCAUCUAAAUAUAAUCUAGCAAAAAGAAAGUUUGCUUAGAUGGCCAAGGGUUUACAACACGCAACACGGUUAAGAGUUCAAAUAGGUCUUAAAAACAUCAGGUUCAGCCACCAGAACAGCCAGCAGCAAUCAUACUCCCACUCUCCCUUUCUGAACACAGUUAAGAGUUCACAUAUGGUUUAGCAACUAGAAUCAGCAAUUGCAAAGCCACAAAAAGCAGCAGUUUACCCAACAACCUUCCUUGAAUGAAAAUAGCUGUUUCUCAUGUUGCAAAGAAAUAUUGAAACUUUCCCUUUUUCUUAUAUAAGAGUAUGGAAAUUUCAUUAUGUUUCAAUUCAUUGUUGGCACGUAGAUUCUCGGUUGUCAUGCUAUGGCGCCAAACCCGAACAAUAGAAAAGCAUUUAACAAUCAAUAGAUGUAAAUUUUCGAAAAACUGAUCACAGAUUGCAUACCUGUUGUAAGCCAAGAGGACCUAAAGGCCUUGGGCCCUCCUCAAUAUCAUCCCAAAAGCUUUUGGUCAUCCAAUAGCCACAAGAUGACUGUUUCAGUUCGUCUCAUCAAAUAGCAAGGUAGCAAAUCUUUCCCUGCCUACAAACAUAUCUGCCGGUAGGGUAGCCACUCUGUUCAGUUUUAUGAAAAA